AUGGAGAGUGGCUUCUGGGUACUGCUCACCGACAAGAAAGUUCUAGGAGGGCAGAACCAGGGACACAGAAAGAGCCAGAACUAUCUGAGGCUGCUUUCAAGCAUAGGCAAAAUGAAGGUGACGCUAGUGAACCUAUUGUUUAUGAUGUUGCUGCUGCUGCUAGGCCUGGGGAUGGGCCUGGGCCUCGGCCUUCACAUGGCUGCUGCAAUCCUGGUGGAUAGUGAUCAGCCACUGAGUGAUUUUUGGCCUGGCGACUCCCGGGACACAGCUGAGACCACGGAAGAGAGAGGAGACACCCGGACCACAGAAGCCCUGGUGCUCGGCUACAGAGAAACGGCACAACCUAUCGGUCCAGAAGAGACUGUCCUCAAUGAAGAUGAAGCUGGAGGAAGUAGGAUGCUGCGGGCUGACGCUCUCGUUCAGAGCAAACAAGAUCACCUCAGGUUUGACUUGAGUGUCAGAGACUGUAACACCUUGAUGGCCCCCAAGAUGAAGGAGCAUAAUCACAGUUGCAUAACCCAAUACACAUUCAUCCACGAGGAUCCAAGCACGGUCAAAGCAGUCUGUGACAGUCCCGUGGUGGCCUGUGGCCUCAAGGGGGGCAAAUGUCACAAAAGCUCCCGUCCUUUCGAUCUGACAUUCUGCAGGUUGUCCAAAGCAGGCCAGCUCACUCCCAACUGCCAUUAUCUGACUUACAUAUUUGAAAAGGUCAUUGUCACAACAUGCAGUGACACAAAGUCACUGGAGGUUAACUGA